UCGCUUCCAGCCCCGCCGCGAUUAGCCGGGUCUGGAAACAUGGCCUCCUCGGAGCAGGCUGAGCAACCUGGGCAGAUCAGCUCUUCUGGAACUGAGAAUGGAGCAUCAUCGCGAGAGGCCCUGAUUGCCACAGCAGUGAAGUUUUUACAAAACCCCCGAGUUCGCCAAAGCCCACUUGCAAACAGAAGAACAUUUCUGAAGAAAAAAGGUCUCACUGACGAAGAAAUAGAUCUGGCCUUCCAGCAAUCGGGCAUCCCGAAAGAAGAAGCUCAGCCCUACAAUCUCCCCCCACAAUUGGUGCCAAUUCCGUCCACACCGCUUGCAUCGUACAGUCCCCCGAGCUCCAGAUGGAGAGAUUAUGGUGCCCUAGCAAUUAUUAUGACUGGCAUUGCAAUCGGUUUCCACCAGCUUUACAAGAAAUAUCUCCUUCCCCUGAUCGUGGGAGGCAAGGAAGACAGGAAACAGUUGCAGAGGAUCGAGUCAAACAUCUCCGAAAUGAGUGGCAGCGUGACGCAGACAGUGACUCAGCUUCAGACCACUUUAGCCUCCGUCCAGGAGCUGCUCGUUCAACAGCAGCAGAAAAUCCAGGAUUUAACCCAAGAACUGGCUACCUCCAAGGCCACUACAUCGACCAACUGGAUUUUGGAAUCUCAGAGUAUCAGUGAGCUGAAGUCGGAGAUCUACUCGUUAAAAGGGCUUCUCCUGAACAGGAGACAGUUUCCUCCCUCGCCAUCAGCCCCCAAAAUCCUCUCCUGGCAAAUGCCAGUGAAGCCCACUUCCCCUUCCAACCCGGUGACCAACAACCACAACACCAGCAGCGAUAUCUCUCCGGUCAGCAACGAGUCCAACUCACCUUCGCCCGUCAAGGAAAACCACAGCCCCGAAGGGACCAAGGUGGGCUGCCACCUCUUGAGCCCCGCGGAAGAAGGGGAGCCCGUGAUCGACCUGACGGGCCAGGUACGGAUGGAGGUACAAGGGGAAGAGGAGAAGCGGGAGGAGCAGGCCCGUAUAGAGGAGGAAGAGGAGGAGGAAGAAGAAGAGGACAAUCGCCCAGACGAGGAGGAUGUCCAGACAGAGGAUCGGCGAGGAGGCGAC